AUGGGGCCUCGGGACACGGUGGUGGCGGCCUGGCAACACGAAGAUAUCCCCAGCCUGGCCAAGGCCUUGGGCGUGCCUGAAGUCAACAAGAAAAGCUUUAAGAAGUGGCCAAAGAAGUGCCCAUCGUCGUCCUUCAAAGAGCCUGCGUGUGUCUACGGAGACUCAGAAUGCUACGACCUGGUGUGGCAAGUCACUAUGGUGCGAGCCAACAGCACUGCAGAGUGGGAAGCUGCCGGGAUCCGGGCGCUGCAAGAAGGCUUCGGCGGCAACGCCUUCGGCUCCUGCAAUGAAGGGCUAGCCCCUUCCGGACCGGCCAUGCUGCUGGCCUGA